AAUUACUCUGGGAAUGAGUCUGUGCACAGAGUGGAUUUGAGAACACUCCCUGGUUAUUUCCAGUGGCGGCAUCUCUCAGGACAAGUUCUCGGUUUUGCGCAUUUGAAAUAUACAGAGGCGUGUUGUAUAAACAUUGAGCGGCGCUGGCCCCCACCCGGGAAUGAUGUAGGAGAGAUGAAUGUUGCUGGGUGACUGAGGGCUGCUGAUCUCUCGGAUGACCUACCGGAGGGACCAGACGAUGUGGGUUCGAUGCAGGGAACCAGGGCAGAGUCGAGCACUGGGCGAGUUGCGGAAGAUCCCAUUUCAACCGCACUGGCGGAUCUGCGGAGUACAGGAUGGUACUGGGGAGCUCUUCAAGCAAACGAAGCCAACGAGAUGUUAAAAGAAGCUUCUGAAGGUACUUUCCUGGUGCGAGACAGCUCACACCAGGACUAUUUUCUCACCAUCUCUGUGAAAACUGUCCUGGGACCAACCAACCUGCGAAUUGAAUAUCGAGAUGGCAAGUUCAGGCUCGACUCGGUGAUCCUCAUGAGAUCUAAGCUUCAGCAGUUUGAUAGUGUGGUGCAUCUGGUGGAAUAUUAUGUGGGCUUAUGUCGGACGCUUCAGAACAGCCGCUGUCUGGCUCUUCAAAACAGAGGCGUCCAGCUCUGGUUAACCAAACCUUUUUACACUGAGACCCCGUCACUGCAACACCUCUGCCGUAUUACCAUACAUAAAGCAACCAGAGAGAUCGAACAACUGCCUUUGCCAAUUAAACUGAAGGAAUACUUGUCGGAAUAUAAGUAUCAAGUUUAAAACACUCUUUAAGAGGGAAGGAAAGCUGAAGGAGAGCCUUUGUUCAAAGCAUCUCCUGCAGCCAGGAAACCAGUCCCAACUUUGUUUUGAAACAAAAACAAAAUCAGAAAUUGCUGGAAAAUCUCAGCAUCUGUGGAGAAAAUUCAGAGUUGGCAUUGUGGGUCCAGUGACCCUUUUUCAUAACUGCUUUGUUUUUGCCUGUCUCUCUUAUUCAAUAUUGACUAUUUUUUCUGCCUCUGACACUCUGUUUUUAUCCUCUGCUGCUGAUUACUGGGAGGGUUUGUGUCAGCCUUGCAGCACUGAAAUUCAGUUAAUUAUUAAGUACGUUAUUUCAACCAGUUUACAGUCAACCUGAAGAGAAGGUCUCUAGCAAUGCAGUGCUUCCCCUGGGAACUGUCUUCCCUGUCCGUUCUGAUGGUUUAAAAGCAUUAUAAUAAUUAAAUA